UUACACCGUGCGUGACGUUAGGCACUUAUGCACCGAAGACUUAAAAAAAACCUGCGAAAUACGAAAAUAAAACAAUAAUAUUGACGUUCAGUAUAAUUUUAUUUAUAAGAAAAUACAUUACAUGUUAAUUGCUUUAGAUUAAUAAGGUUUCACGUUAAUUAAACACUUCAUUAUAAACAUAAAAUCAACACAAAAAUAUGGAAUCCGAAGACCUACUGAGAAUGACUCAAGCUGUGGUAAUGUUAAAGCGGAUUAAAGUUAUUGAAUGCCAAAAAUGCACAAAAGCUUUUACUAAGCAGAAAGACUACAAACUUCAUAAAAUGAAACACGAUCUUCAAAAAAUACGUGUAGAAAGAAUAGAAAAAAAUAGGACUUUUUAUGGCAAAAAGCCUGGUUAUGUAAAGACAUUACAAUGUGACCAGUGUGACAUGAGAUUUGUUGCAAACAGUACUCUCAAAGCACAUUCUGUCCUUCACAAGUCUUUCCCAAACAUCUGUGAAUGUGGUGUUGGUUUCUAUGAACAAAACGAUCUAGAAUCUCAUAUGAAACUUGUUCAUAACAAAGAAAUUAAAAAUUCUGCACAGAAGAAGAUAACUUCAAAUUAAAUUAAAGAGAAACAAAAAUUAAAAAAGAUAAAUUAAGUAAAUAGGUAAGCAUAAUACUUUUAAGUUAUUGUAAAAGAUAGGUAAAAGACCAAAAUGUUUGGUCAUCAUAUAAAAACUUAUGGAAUUAUGAAAAUAUAUUAUGAUUGAGAGAGUUAGUAUAAAAGUGUCUUCAAUUUAUUGGUAUACUAGCUGUGGCCCGCGUCUCCGUCCGCGUGGCAUUAAGAAAAAUAAUAAUUAGUAGCCUAUGUAUUCUA